UGCUUCAGGAUUGCCAUUUUCAAACUACUCCAAUGUGCUUUUUAAUUAAGAUUAUAGCAGAUGGAGUAAUUAUAUUUUCUACAGUUAUCAUCUGAGGAACUGUUGAUGCAUGUUCAGAUCUGAAGCCUGGAGAAGACCCAGAUUCUAGUGCCUAGAAAUGAAACUUUUCUCCAUAAAGCUCAGAGGCCUGACUCAAGGUUUUUCAUAUUUCUGAGGUUAUAAAAUAAUGCCCUCAAGAGGAGGAAAUGAAAACCUACUUCCUUUAUAUGUUCACUGUAUAUUAGACGUCUCAUUAUGGGGAAACACAAAGCAGCAGCUAUGGGGCCUUUCUUUACUGUGUGCUUUUUUACUGCCAUUUUCCUCCUCACAGUACAAAGAGAUAAUUGAAAAGGAAGAGACAAGUUCGCCUUCAAGACCAUAUAUGGCUGCUCUCUUCAGAAGAAGAAAGUUCUUGUGUGCAGGAACCUUAAUCAAAGAGAACUGGGCUUUAACAGCAGCCCAAUGUUUUCCGGAUGAAAAGGCAUACAUUAUUCUUGGAGCAAAAUCACGAACUAAGAGAGAGAAAGAAAAACACAUCGCUAACAUUACUAAAAUAUUUUCUUACCCAGGGUUUAACCGAAAGACACUUGAAAAUGACAUUAUGCUUUUGCAGAUUCAAACAAGGAGAAGGAUCAAGCCAAGUAUAAAACCCAUUCCACUUCCCAAAACUUCUGAUGACAUCAAGCCAGGAACCCACUGUAUAGUAGCUGGAUGGGGAACUGUUCAUAAAAAUAGGGGAUCUGAUACCCUGCGUGAAGAUAACAUCGUCAUCAUUGACAGAAGAAUCUGCAAUGACAAGAAUCAUUAUAAUUCUCACCUUGUGAGAAUAAACAUGGUGUGUGCUGGUGAGAAGAAAGGAGGGAUGGAUAAAUGUUGGGGUGACUCUGGUGGUCCUUUGAUAUGCAAUGAGGAACAAAAAGGCAUCAUCUCCUUUGUUAAAACAUGUGGUGACAACAGAUACCCUGGUGUCUAUACUCGGCUCACAAAAGACCAUCUCUCCUGGAUACAAGGAAUCAUAACAAAUAACACUAAUUCACACUGAUUUUUACCUCACACCCCUACCCCGAUAUUCCACAAUGAAACUUUUCUGUCUUUCUUAGCAUGUUAUUUAGUUUAUGCUCAUCUCAUUUAUUUAUACAACUGAAUUACAAUUUUUAUUCUCACUGAUGUAGGAGAGAAUUUCUUUUAUAAGUUUUAAUGCUUAGCUGGGACUGGAAAUCCCAUCUUCUUAAAUUCCGGUAUUCAAUCUGUUGGCUUUACAGUUGACUCCUUGACUCCUGCAAGGAGGAUCUCAUCAUAUGUACGGUGCCCAUGAAUCAGGUGUGGUGCUGGAAAAUUUAUUGACCUUCACCCUAAAAGGUAUCUGACAUACUGCAAUCCUACAGGCUAAAGCAUAUGAGACAUAAUCCUGUGGGUGAUUUGCAUACAUGUGAGCAUCUUCUUUUGGAAUGUGGCGCUCAGUCAUAGCUAGUGACAUCAUUAAUUCCCUCCCACCUGAAAGAGACUGAGAUUAACUAAUUUUAGAAAAGAAUCUUGUGGUUCUUUUUUAAUUUGCUUGGGUUACUCUCUAAGACAAAAGAUCAGUGCAAAUUAGGCUUCAAUUAGCUUGUUUUAAACUUGGACAUACUUUGUGCUUAAGGUUCUACCAGCACUCGGAU